AUGUGUUGCAAGACCAAGGCAACGGGAAACCGCAUCCAGAACCUUGCCUCAGAGAGUGCUAUGCGCUUCAAGUUGGUCCUGCUCAGUGCAGUUUACUUCAAGGGCCUGUGGCUAACCCCAUUUGAUAUGACCGUGAAGGGACCGUUUUCUCACGGCCUCAGGAAACAAGCAGGUCGACAUGAUGAAGCUUUUACCCGGGUGCCGUAUGCAAAGAUGUCUGAUUUUGAUGCGAUCUCCUUGCCGUACACGGACGAAAACUAUGUUAUGCUGAUCUUACGUCCACUGACGCGAAAUAUGGCUGCCGUUUCACGUCUGAAGCACUCCCUGGACAUUCUUGACGUUGCCGUUAUCAUGAGGCGUUUGCGUUCGUCGUCUGUUCAGAUAACCAUGCCUCGUUUCAAGAUAAGAGCAGGUGGCUUUCUAAACAGAACCAUGUCGCAGUUGGGAAUCCGCAAAGUCUUUACGCGCGAGGCAGACCUGAGUAACAUUGCGGAUAAGUUCCUUGCUGUCGGCCUCAUUAUCCACAAGGUGUUUAUUGAGGGUGACAGAAAAGGCACCGAAGCUGCAGGAGCGGGUGCCGUCACUGACGUGCUGCCUCGACCCGUUCAGUUUAUGGCAGAUCGUCCCUUCUUUGCCAUUGUCUGGAACAAAAAACACGACAUCAACUUGUUCUCUGCGUACGUGGCUUCACCAUAG